UGUGAGUAUACCCGAAAACAAGAAAUACGUUUCAAGGAGGCAGCUUCAUAGUAAAACGACCCAUUGGCGGGGAAGUAUCAUAACUAGACCCAUUCAUGCUCCUGGAUCACUUUGGCCCAGUUGAAUACGGCCCGGGAGAAGCUGUGAGCUCUCCUGAUCACCCUUACCGUGGCUUUGAGACUGUGAGCUACAUUGUAUCUGGUUCCAUGCAACAUAAGGACAGUGCUGGUAACUCUGGUACUCUAUCAGAAGGAUGGGUACAAUGGAUGACUGCUGGAUCUGGUGUCGUACAUUCUGAAAUGCCAAGCAAGGACAUUAUUAAAAAUGGCGGAAAAGUUGAAGGUUUUUAAUUAUGGGUUAACCUCUGAGCAGAUCCCACCUCGUUAUCAAGACACGCCUCCAGAAAGGAUACCGGUUGUGACCACGCCCGAUGGCAAAGGGAGGGUAAAAGUGAUAGCUGGUGAAAGUCUCAGAACCAGCGCCAAUAUUGAGACCCAGACCCCCAUAAUGUACCUUGACAUUCAUCUCAAGGAGGGAGCCAGUUUCACUCAAAGUGUCCCGAAAAAGUACAAAGGUAUACUGUACGUCUGGAGAGGAUCAGGUUAUCUUAAAUUGGUGAGGGUACAGAAAAAAUUAAAUGUCAAAAAGGGUCAAAUGGGAGUAAUGGGUGAAAGAGACAGUGUAACAAUGACAGCAGCAGAUGAUGAGGAGAUGCAGGUAUUGUUAAUAGCUGGGGAGCCAUUGAAUAAGAAUGUUGUUCGUUCAGGACCUUUUGUGAUAAAUACAUGGGCGGAGAUACAGCAGGCUUAUAGUGACUAUCAGUCUGGGAAACUGGGGCAGAUUGAGGGGGUGGAGGAGAGAUAUGCUGCUACUGAAGCUGCUAAAAAGAGACAGAAAGAGUCGGGAAGAUGGCAAGGAGAUUUAUAACUGUGGUAAUAAUAAUAAUGCUAUAAUCCUUUGUUAUAACUAUUACUAUUUUGUUUGUCAAGUAAAUUAACAGAGAUAGAGUAGGUGUGGCAGUUAUGAGACACAUACAGAAAAAUGCUGAUAACUUGA